UCCACCUGCCAGGAGUCGGGGCAGGGGUCACAGGAGCCGGGCAUGCAGACGUUGCUGCCGUAGCUCAGGUUGCUGGAGCAGACGGACAUGGUGGAGGCGGCCGUGGCGGGCGGUGAGCUGGGCAGGGGUGACAACGUCUGCAUGCCCGGCUCCUGUGACCCCUGCCCCGACUCCUGGCAGGUGGACGACUGCCCAGAGAGCUGCUGCGAGCCCCCCUGCUGCGCCCCCAGCUGCUGCGCCCCAGCCCCCUCCGUGACCCUCGUCUGCACCCCAGGGAGCUGCCAGUCAGCGUGCACCAGCUCCUGCACGCCCCUGUGCUGCCAGCAGUCUAGCUGCCAGCCCUCGUGCUGCUCCUCCAACCCCUGCCAGCAGCCCAGCUGUGUGACCCUCUGCUGCAAGCCCGUGAGCUGUGUGCCCGUCUCCUGUGUGCCCGUCUGCUCUGGGACCCCUUCCUCCUGCUGCCAACAGUCUAGCUGCCAGCCGUCCUGCUGUUCCUCCCCCUGCCAACAGCCCAGCUAUCUGACCCUCUGCUGCAAGCCCGUGAGCUGUGUGCCCGUCUGCUCUGGGACCCCUUCCUCCUGCUGCCAGCAGUCUAGCUGCCAGUCCUUGUGCUGCUCCUCCAACCCCUGCGAGCAGCCCAGUUGUGUGACCCUCUGCUGCAGGCCCCUGAGCUGUGUGCCUGUCUCCUGUGUGCCCGUCUGCUCUGGGGGCUCCUCCUCCUGCUGCCAGCAGUCUAGCUGCCAGCCCUCGUGCUGCUCCUCCCCCUGCCAGCAGCCCAGCCGUGUGACCCUCUGCUGCAGGCCCCUGAGCUGUGUGCCUGUCUGCCCACGCCCCUCGUGCUGCCAGCCCAGCCCCUGCCCCUCGUCCUGCUGCAGACCCUCCUCCUGCGUGUCCCUGCUCUGCCGCCCCGUGUGCAGGCCCGCCUGCUGCGUGCCCGCCCCCUCCUGCCAGCCCAGCUGCUGCCGCCCGGCCUCCUGCGUGUCCCUGCUCUGCCGCCCCGCCUGCUCCCGCCCCGCCUGCUGCGGCCUCUCCUCGGGACAGUCCUGCUGCUGACGUCCUGAAUCUCCUCUGGGCCCCUGUCACAGGCCGGGUUCCCAGCUGUCCCUGCAGCUGCACCCUCUCUGGCUUCCACAGCACAGGGUCAGGCAGGCCGCAGUCUGUCCCUGAGGUGCCACCAGGUCUUUUAGACCUGGCCACAGCCCUACCUCUCCCCCCAAUGCCCCAAGGUGACCCUCACCCCCAGCCGACGCGGCCCCAGCCCGGGCAGUGGUCCCACCCAGAGUCCUAAUAAAGCUGCUGUGUUCUCCACUGA